AUGCCACCCAGAACCCAGAUGCGGCCCAUCCGUCCACCUCCACGGGUACCAAUCAAACGUGACAAGAAGGUGUGGCGGGAGCCGGCCAGGCUCGUGCCCAGGUUCCUGGCUGCCACACUCACGUCUCAGCUCACUGCUCGAGGACGUGAGCAGCCUGCGCUGACUGCAGCACCCGCGCUGCGGCACGGAGGCACCCCGCCUCCGCCGGCGGACGGGCGCAGCGCUGCGCACUUCCUCCGCCACCCCGGCCUGGGGCCGCCCCUCUCCUGCUCCUGCCCGGGCCCGGCCGCCACCCAGGCAGCCUCCGCGCGGGUCCAGACGCUAAGCAGACGGCCCGUGGCUGCGGUCGGCACACGCCGCGCUGCGGCAGGGGUCGCGCCUGGCUGCGGACACGGCGCCCUUCCCGCCCGUGCGGGUGUAAGCGCGAGCGAGCGGGAGAGGCGGCCUGCGGCCCCCGCCCCCCAAACACAGCCGCGGCCGCCGGCGGAGCGGGGCGUCCUCACCUGCUGCCUCCCGCGGGCUCUCCGCAGACACGGCUCCCGCGACGUCCCGGCCGCGGCGGCCACGCAGGGCCCGGCGGGGCGCAGCCCGCCGCCCGCCGCCCCCCGCGGGCCCGCAGCGCUGAGCCGCCGGCCCGGGGGUCACCACCGCCGCCGCCGCCGCCGCCGCCUCCGGGCCCUGCGGCCCUCGGGGGGCCCCUCUCCCUCCCGGGACGCCUUCCCGUCCAGGCACGUCUCCUGCACCGCCCGCACCGCCUGGCCCUCCUGCACCCCGGGCAGCCAAUUCGCCUCCUGCACCCCCAGGCGGCCCUCGCCCUCGGGCCCCCGGGGCCCCACCGGCCGCGCCCGGCCCCCCAGCUCCGGGCUCCCGCGCCGCGCCGGGCUCCCGCCCAGGACCGCCGCCUCCCGCCCGCGGCGCCCGCAGCUCUCCCAGGACCGCUCCCCGGGCCCCUCGGGCCGCCGCCGCCCGCGGGGGCCGCGCCCCGCCCGCUCCUGCACGCCGGCGCGGGCCUCCCCGCGCUCCUGCACGGCCCGGCCGCCGCCGCCGCGCUCCUGCCGCGGCCCCAGGCCCUGCUCCUGCGCCACCGGCCCGCCCGCGGGGCCCGUCCACGGCGGCGCGCCCCCCGGCCCCCGCCCCGGCUCGCGGCCGCCGCGCUCCUGCACGCCCGCGCCCAGCCCGCCGCGCUCCUGCACCGCCGCACCCACGCCGCCGCGCUCCUCCACGCCGAGCGGCAGCCCGCGCAGCGCCUGCGGGCCCCGGCGGAACGCGCCCACGCGUGGCGGCCGCGGCUCGGGCGGCGCGGGGCCCGGCCGGCCGCGCCCCUCGCGCGCCCCCCACGCGGGGCCCCCCGGCGGCUCCGCCCCGCCCCCGCCCCCCAGCGGCCGCGCGCUCCCGCCCCUCCAGAUGGUGCCGCCUGCGCGCGCGCGCGCCCCCGCCCCCCGCGCCUUCCGCCCGGCGCGCGGCGAGCGCGGCGGGGUCGCGCCCCUCCCCCGCUCCGCCCCGACGGCCGGCGCCCGGCUCCCCGCCCUCGCUCCCGGCCGCCGACGUCCGCCCGCCGGGCGCCGCGCCCGCGCCGGUCCCCGCAGCUGCCGCGGCCCCGAGAGCCCGGAGCGCCCGCCGGCCGGCCGGCCCGCUGGAGGCCCCGGCGCUCCCGCUUCUCCAUCGCACCCGAGGCCCUCCUUGCGCUUGCCUGUGGAGCCGAAGGGGGAAGAGGCGGAGCAGAAGGCAGGGAGGUCACCCGAGGCGGUGUCGUCCGCGGGGCCCAGUGAAGGAGCACUGAAGGAGGAGCCUCGAGGUCUGAGGAGCGGUUCGGCUGCUCCUGACUUACCACCACUGGGCCGAAGGCCUCUGGCCUGA